UCAUUUUUCCUUCCUUCCCACGCGAGAAAAAAAUAUCCCGACUUUUCCCUCAUUUUCUCUCGCUCUGCGCACUGCAUUUUUUUUCCCUCUUCUUUUUUUGAAAUGAUUCGGCGCCCCAAUCCCUAAAUCGAUCCCUAGCUCUCUCUUUCUCUCUCGAUUCUCCCCUCCGAUCCGAGCACCCACGCCAGCAGAAGCGAGAGUAGAGGAGGAGGAGAGCGAUUUACGGAAGGAAAAGAUGCCGAGGGAAAUCAUAACGCUGCAGGUGGGGCAAUGCGGGAACCAGAUUGGGAUGGAGUUCUGGAAGCAGCUCUGCCUCGAGCACGGGAUCAGCAAGGACGGCAUGCUCGAGGACUUCGCCACUCAGGGAGGCGACAGAAAAGAUGUUUUUUUCUAUCAAGCUGAUGAUCAGCACUAUAUUCCGAGGGCUAUAUUGAUGGAUUUGGAGCCGAGAGUGAUAAAUGGUAUUCAGAACAGCGAAUACCGGAAUCUCUACAAUCAUGAGAACAUAUUUGUGUCUGAUCAUGGAGGAGGUGCUGGGAAUAAUUGGGCCAGUGGAUAUCAUCAGGGGAAGGGAGUUGAAGAAGAUAUAAUGGACAUGAUCGAUAGAGAAGCAGAUGGUAGCGAUAGUCUUGAGGGUUUUGUUCUCUGCCACUCUAUUGCUGGAGGGACAGGCUCAGGUAUGGGCUCAUAUCUAUUGGAAACUCUGAAUGAUCGCUACAGCAAAAAAUUGGUCCAAACAUAUAGCGUGUUUCCUAACCAGAUGGAGACAAGCGACGUGGUGGUGCAGCCAUACAACUCACUUCUGACCCUCAAGCGUCUAACCCUUAAUGCUGAUUGUGUUGUUGUUCUUGAUAAUACUGCACUGAAUAGAAUAGCUGUGGAGCGCCUUCAUCUGAGUAAUCCUACCUUUGCUCAAACAAAUUCAUUGGUUUCAACUGUAAUGUCUGCGAGCACAACCACCCUUCGCUAUCCUGGCUACAUGAACAAUGACUUAGUUGGCCUUCUUGCUUCUUUAAUUCCAACACCAAGAUGCCAUUUCCUGAUGACGGGAUAUACGCCUCUCACUGUAGAGCGUCAGGCAAAUGUAAUUCGGAAAACUACUGUUUUGGAUGUCAUGAGAAGACUUUUGCAGUCAAAGAAUAUUAUGGUUUCAUCUUACGCUCGAACAAAAGAAGCUAGUCAAGCAAAGUACAUAUCCAUAUUGAACAUCAUUCAAGGAGAAGUAGAUCCCACCCAGGUUCAUGAAAGUUUGCAGAGGAUACGUGAAAGAAAGCUUGUCAAUUUCAUUGAGUGGGGCCCGGCGAGUAUUCAGGUUGCCCUAUCAAGAAAGUCUCCAUAUGUUCAAACUGCCCAUAGGGUCAGUGGUCUCAUGUUAGCAAGCCACACCAGCAUACGGCAUCUCUUUAGCAAGUGUUUGAAUCAGUACGAGAAGUUGAGAAAGAAGCAGGCCUUCCUUGACAAUUACCGGAAAUUCCCAAUGUUUGCUGAUAAUGAUCUCUCGGAGUUUGACGAAUCUAGAGACAUAAUUGAGAGCUUGGUUGACGAAUAUAAAGCAUGUGAAUCUCCGGAUUACAUUAAGUGGGGAAUGGAGGAUCCCGAUCACAUCCUAACAGGAGAGGGAAAUGCUACGGGAACUGUAGAUCCAAAAUUAGCUGUCUGAACGGAAUAAAAGCCUGUAUGAAAACAUAGGAAACUUUACCGGUUCAGAUUGGAGAAGUGACUAUGGCGACCUAUUAAUUUCAGGCUUGACUAGCACCAGAGUGAGGAUUGUAAGUGUGGUCUCCAUCAGGAUCUUACCGUGUGAAUUCUUCAUUUGUUUGUGGUGAGAAUUUUGGGGUAUGUAAUUGCUUUUCCUUUCUAAAGAAUGCAGAAUCUCACUGCAUGCUUAGUCACCAGAUCCUUGGGGUUCCAAUGUUCAAACUUGAGAUGUGUCGGCUAUAUGCUGAGUUGUAUUUAAGGAUUUGUUAUCAUUGACGUGAAUCUUCCAUUGAUUUCUAGAAUGCGUUCCAGAGUGCAUGGAAAUUGCCGCAAGGUUUGAAUGUGAAACUUCUUUUACCAGAAGAGAAUUUAGAUUUAUUACA